ACUGGGGGACUCCGGCCGGCCAUGGUGGACCUUGUGUAUGGAGGACGGCUCUGAGGGGGCUCAGACACACCAUGGUGGACCUUUUGAGUGGCCCCCGGUUCUGAGGGCCUACCUCAGCCAGUUCGAAGGUGAGCCUUGCACUG